AUGGAAUAUAAGUUAAAUGGAGAUUUGAGGCAUGGAGUCUCUCAGAGUGCACAAACACCUACAACUUUGUUCAAUUCAAUCCGCUGCAUGUCAUCAUCCAAGCUUUUUGUUGGAGGCCUUUCUUAUGGAGCAGAUGUCCAAUCUCUUCGUGAUGCUUUCUCUGGCUUUGGUGAUGUUGUUGAGGAUGAGGUUAUUAUUGAUAGGAAUACUGGGAGGUCUAGGGGAUUCGGUUUUGUCAACUUCUCCAGCGAUGACUCUGCUAGCUCGGCACUAUCUGCAAUGGAUGGCCAGGAUUUACAAGGGCGUCAUAUUCGUGUGAGUUAUGCUACUGAGAGGUCCGAAUCUAGUGGUAGAUCCUUUGGUGGCGGUGGUGGUGGAGGUUAUCGUGGUGGUGAUGGUGGUUUUGGUAGAGGCCGGGGUGGGGAUUUUGUCUUUAAGUACGCAUUCCCUUGCUGUCCAUUUAGGCUUCUUGCUUCAUUAGUUGUUUAGAAUUAAGUUGCAUGAUUUGUCUCUUUUUAAUUUGCUCUUCGUACUACAUUUUUCAAUGAUUGCUCUAAUAUAUGAAGCAAUUUGUUA